AUGGAGGUGGUGAAGACGUGGAGGUCAGACUGGAGAUAUCCCACCACUCUGCUGUGUAUCUAUGGAUUCUUUAGCACAGUUAAGCCGCUGGAGCCUUUCCUGAUACCGUUCCUGACAGGACCCGACAAGAAUCUAACAACCGAACAGGUCAACAGUCAGAUCUUUCCGGUGUGGACGUACUCAUACCUGUCUGUGUUGGUGCCGGUGUUCCUGCUCACCGAUUGGCUGCGUUACAAACCAGUAGUGGUCUUCCAGUGCGUCAUGCUCGUCAUCACCACCGCACUGCUGAGGUGGACAGAGAGCGUGUCAGCCAUGCAGGCCAUGCAAUUCUUCUAUGGGGUGGUGACAGCCAGCGAGGUGGCCUACUUCUCCUACAUCUACAGUGUUAUAGAUGUGAAGAGGUACCGAAAGGUCACGUCAUACAGUAGAAGUGUGCAGCUCCUGGGGUACACGAUCGGCUCCGUGUUGGGUCAGCUGCUCAUCAGCUUCAGCCUCAUGUCCUACCACAACAUCCUGAUUCUUACUUUGGUUCUCACUCUCAUUGCUCUCUUCACCUCCUGUGCCCUGCCUAUGCCACAGCGGAGCAUGUUCUUCCACCGAAAACAUUCUGGAGCGGCACCAGCGGUGGGAGGAACAGCAGAAGACAAAGUUGGAUCUGUGGGUGCAGAUGGUAUGUUUAAAACAUGCCCUGCAUCCCUGGAAGAAAUGAGAGAUGAGGAAGUGCAGAGAGCAGAAACAGGAUAUGAGCAGGGUGAGUCUGGAGGUGCAGAGAGCUGCAGCCAGGUCAUCCUCCAGCUGUGGAGAGACUUCCAACAGUGUUACUCCUCCAGACAGCUGCUGUACUGGUCGCUGUGGUGGGCAAUGGCCACAUGUGGAUACAACCAGACGGGCAACUACGUGCAGGUGCUGUGGGAGCACGUGCAGCCUUCACAGAAUUUUAGCAUUUAUAAUGGAGGAGUGGAAGCAGCAUCCAACCUGUUGAGUGCAGCGACGGCCUACGGAAUAGGCUUCACAGAUGUUCGAUGGGAGAAGUGGGGCGAGCUGGCCCUGGGCGGUUUUUCUGGACUCGGUGCAGCUGCAUUAUUUCUCAUGACCUUCACUGGCAACAUCUGGGUCUGCUACAGCAGCUACAUUGUGUUUAAGUGCCUGUACAUGCUGCUGAUCACAAUAGCCAUGUAUCAGAUCGCUGCAGACCUGUCAAUGGAACGGUACGCUCUUGUCUUUGGAGCGAACAACUUUGGAGCGCUGGUUCUGCAGACAAUUAUCACUUCAGUUGUUGUUGACAGUGGAGGGCUGGGUCUGCCCAUCAUUCCUCAGUUUAUCAUUUACUCCAGCUACUUCUCAUGCAUCUCUGUGGUCUUUUCACUCCGGGGGCUCUAUAGCUUUUGGAGAGGGUUGAGAAACAAACAAGACCGAACUGCAGACACGAAUGAAUCUCUGGUAAUUGAAGAGCAGCAACUCUGAUGUUGUGAAUGGGAGAUUGAGCCAUAAUGUCACCUUAAAAGAUUAAAAAUAAAGUUGUUUUUUUUACUCACAAAUAAACACUUGGGUCAAUCCUUACUUAAAAUUGAUUUUAAUAUACAUUCUGUAUAUAUUUACACAUUAACUUAAAAUUCUUUAAUACCCAAUAAAAUCAGUUUUCAGUCGUUCUGAUUUCCAGCACAGAUGUGUGGUUGACUGUCAAACACAAGUGUUGUGACUAUGUGCCUUUCAGCAAGGCAAAGAUGGUAGAGCAAAGUGUCCUCCUGUUUCUGAUGCAGCAAUCAUUUGUUUAACAGCAUUUUCCCAGCCAGCACGCAUAGGUGUGCCCCAUAUGGAUGUAUAUGGGCAAACCGUACGGGUGCCAACAGGGUUUGUCCAGUCUCCAUGGUGGCCCCACAGGGAUUUGCCGACAUAGAUUUUAAUGGGUCUAUGUAUGAGUCAUACCAUCUGGCUCCCUCUAAAAACCCAUGUAAAAAUGUAUGUGGGUAAACCCCUGUAGGGCCAACAUGGAAAACCCCCGUACGGUGUCCCCAUAUGGGGCCCACCUAUGCAUGCUGGCUAAGUAGUGAGAACAACCAACUCCCAAAAAGACUCUGCACAAAUGAACAGCUUGUUCUUCACAAAUACAGAAACUGGCAGUAACCAAGCAACAGCCUUGUCUUAAAUUCUGUGUAUUAUACAAAUACUGAUAUGCACAAAGAGCUAGUGUCAUAAAGGAGAAGUAAUAUGUACAGAACUGCAGCAUAAUGAAUGAGAUACACUGAAUGCAAUAAUUUAGUUUUCAGCCAGUCUGAGUAUACAUUGUGGCUCAGGAGAGAACAGGCCAGUUCACAGAUUAAAUAGAAGAGGAUCAACCUCGCCCUCGGCACACACCAUCAUGUUGUUUUGUUGUCACCGACAGUUGUCAGAACGACUGCCUCGCACAUUGUUCCAUUUGCGACAAACUGCGUUUAAAAUUUCAAAUUCUUACAAACAUUGUGGUUUUUUUUUUUUGGUUUUUUAUAAAGCUACUUGUGAAACAAAACAGUGCAAUAGGUGCAAGCGUGCCAGCUGUUGACCCUGUAGUGCAUCUGAUGAGAUGGAGCGCUAUAAGAAGGGGUUUGUUGAGGAGCCUCCAGCUGGAUACUGUGGAGGUGGACCCGAACC